AUGCCAACGGAAGUUGAUGAGGAUCUCAUUGAAGUUUCUGGAUGGUUGUUCGGUAGCGAAGCAAACCAGCAGUUAGCUAGGCAACGAAUAGGAAUACUCAACGACUUUCCUCACGCCAUUCGUUAUGAUGCGGCAGUCGGAAUCGACCCCACCAUGAUCACUUGCGGUGUCGAGUACUUGAUACUCGGAGAUGACCCGAACUAUGUCUACGACACCUUUUCCAAUACGUUCGAGGACAUCACCACCGAGGCUUACACCGGGUGCCUGAACCCAAAUAUAGUGUUACGUGCACCAGCACUCUACUCCACGAGCGUCAGCUCAAAUACACAAAACGUCCAGUCUCUUAAUGUGAUCCACAUCUGCAAGGCCACGCUCGACGUAAUGGUGCACGACCCUAGUUUAAUGACUAUCUCAGCCCAAAUUGAGGACCUGGAAAAAUGGCUUCAAGGCGGCCGGCAUUCAUCGAUGGACAGCUGGCGCUGGCUGGACCAUUACUUGUUACACGAAAUGGCUCAUAGCCCCCUCCUCGGUACGAUGAACAGUGAUGAAACCGGUGAAGUAUACAGAUGGAAUGAUUGCGUGACGGCGAAGGACCCGGCGAAUCCUGGUGAGUGA